UCAUAAGUGAGGGAUGGUUCAUAUACGGUGUCAACACCUCCAAUCAAGGCUCCAUCAAAAGGUCAAUCAACGUCUAUUAUGGAGGACUCUUUUACAGACUUGUCAAGUAAAACAGGCAUCGACCCUUACACCGAGAUCAAGAAAAAGUAAGUCUAUGGCAUAGACCAAGUAUAUUUAUCUGUUUGUUUAGGUUUCCUAGACGAGAUUGACAGCUUAGAACAGCAACAACAUCACUUACUUUGGCAACUCAAAUCAACAGGAAAGAAACGUAUUCCUGUUCACGUCAACACUAAAAUUAACAAAGACUUGACUCCCACUGUGUUGUCUAUUCACGCUGAUUUACAAAAGAACGAUCCCGAAAGUGCUUGGCAACAAUUUGACAGGUUGGGUGCUGAUAACAUACCACGAUCCACAGCACAUAUGUUGCUUGAAUCACUCCAUACACUUGUCCAUACCCAUCUACCUCGUCUUACACUCGACUUUGCUAGACUUCAGACACUCUAUACAUCAAGACUCGAUAUGCUUGCUGGCCUAGUGAAAAGAAACAAGGAUCUGAAUUGGGACAAACAUCAGUUUGCGAUGGUGAUUGAGCUCUAUGGCAAAUUAGAUCAAAUCAAAAAAGCAGAAUCAAUUUUUCGCAACAUGACACAGUACACAUCAGCCGCACCCAGUGUAGACAUCUAUAAUGAACUACUAGCAGUGUAUGUGCGUCGAUUGCGAUAUGUGGAUGAUGUGACAAAAAAGCGGUUUCUUUCUAAAAUGAAAACAUUGGAAUCAGAGAUGGUUCGAAAGACUAUGGCACUCAAUACCACUUCCUAUAAUCUAUUGUUGGCUGCGAGGAUCAAAGCGCACGAUUUACAAGGAGCAGAAAAGAUCUUUUUGAACAUGACUUGUCCUCCUGAUCGCAUUACUUACAAUAUUCUGUUGAAUGGAUGCUUGAAAGGAUGCCGCGACAACAGAGAAAAGGAAAUUGCAACUCAAUGGAUGGAACGAUUGAUAGGCUCAGGUAUUGCACCUAACAAAAAGACAUUUAAGAGUAUCAUGGAUGGUUUAGCAGACCAAGUGAGUCGUCAUGCUCGUUUGGGAGAAACACACGAUAUGGAAACAACUACGCAAUCCGUCUCAAAUCUUUACAAGGUGAUGCUUCAAUUGGGCCAUGCACCAGACACAGAAACAGUCAACACGUUACUGAAAUGCUACACAGCAGCGAACAAUCAAAGCCAGAUAGACAAAGUAACGCAGAUGUUGAUAUUGCCUGAGAAGAAAUCAGGUUGUGGUCAAUGUGGGUGUGGAAACAAGGCUGUCAAGACACAAGAAGAUGACAAAAGUGUUAAAGUGAAACCAGAUGUCUUUACGUUUAACAUGUUGAUGAAGCAUCACCUUGCUAACAACCGUACAGAUCAAGCAUUUGAAGCGUAUGAUACCAUGGUUCAAUUGGAUCUUUGUCCUGAUACUGUUACUUAUAGUAACUUUAUUGGGUUCUAUGCUGAACAAGGCAAUGUGUCUGAAUGCUUAAAAUACCUGGAUGUUAUGGAACGAAAAGGUAUUCCUAGUAAUAACUUCAUUUAUAAUAUCCUCUUGAACUGUUCUCUCAAGUACCCUGAACAAGCUGGCAAAAUCACACCCCAUCUUCGUUCUAUGCUAAUGAAUGGCACAAGUACACUCGAUACAGUUUCACAAAACAUCCAAUUAGCUCGUUACCAGCCUAAAGAACAAGAAGGAUUACAUGAAAGCUUUGAACAUUAUACAGACCUGUUAGAGCGAAACAUGUAUGACAAUACAGGCCCAGUCAACACACGUACCUACAACACUAUUCUUCAAUCAGCUGGUCAAUUCUACAAGAGAGCAGCUCAUCUUCCCUCUGCUGAAGAACGUCGUGGAUUCCAUCAAAUGCUUGACUCGAUCAUUGCUUCUCUUGAUACCUCACAGAUUCGCUCUGAUCUAUAUACAUACGCACUUACGAUUCGUAAUGCAUCUUAUGUAGGUGAUAUGAAGAAAGCAGAAUCCACCUAUCGAUCCAUGUUACAUGCAGGCAUUAAGCCCAACCAGUUUAUUUUCUCACAUUUGAUUUACGGCUAUGUAUCGAUUGGAAAGACAGAAAAGGCGCAUGAUAUUCUUAAUCAUAUGUCGACCAAAGGCUUUGUUCCAACAGCCGUCAAUUAUGCGCCUCUCAUUAAAGGUUAUGCAGAAUCAGCCGAGUUCAACAAGGCUUAUGAAUUACUUCGCGAAAUGUUGGACAAUAAUGUACAGGCUGACUUAGUGAUAUACACCACACUAGCGUCUGUCUUUUUAGAUUCACCUGUCCAAGGCAAUGGAAAGAAGGCGAUUGAUUUAUUGGAAGGCAUUUCAAAAUCGGGUAUGGCCAUGGAUGCUGCCUCGCUUACCCUCUUAGCCGAAGCUUAUGCCAUUGAAGCCAAAUCGAUUCUACUCAACAUUCAAGACAGUAAAACGUUACGUCAAGAACUUACACACCAUAUUGCCAAGAUUGAUUCCAUCUAUACCACACUUAAAGAAAACCAAUGGCUAGACCUAAAAGCAAUUACUACUUUACUCACUGCGCAUAAUCAUCUCAAGAAUCCAGAAGGUGUAUGGAAACUAUGGAAUGAACUCAAGGCCAGCACCUCUGUCACGCUUGUUCCGCACCACUAUAAUGCCGUCAUACAUGGCUUGACAACAAACAAAACGUGGUACCCUGUGGCCAAACUGGUGUUUGAAGACAUGUUACAUCACCCUCAUGUUCAACCCGAUGCAAGCACGCUUGAUCUCAUGAUUUGGGGUGCCUAUGGCGUCUCUGACUAUGAUACCAUCCGUACCAUGUGGCGUCAAGUGCAUGUAGCACCUUUGCUUGUCAGAUCCUAUUAUGCUUCCAUGGUUGCCAUGUUGGAUCAAAACCAGAUUGAAGAGGCUCGUAAAGUCUAUGAAGCCUAUCUUCAUUUGCCCACACCUUCUCCAAGUUCAUCUACAGUUUGGGUUGGUAUGAUCAAUCAGUUGGCAAUACAACAUGGCCUGAAGACACGGAUACAACAAGAGCAAUCAUAAUACCUUUAUAGAUUUUUGUUUAUUUUUUUUUAUUUUUUCUCGCUACUGUGUACAGAUUUUUGUAAUAAAAUUGU